AUGACCAACGUCGUCUCUCACGGUCGCGGAGGUGCCGCCAACAUUGGCCCCGAUGAUCAGACCUACGUCGAUGGAGGGAUAGUGCGUGAGGGCCCGGUUGGUGACCAGGGCGACGGACCGUACUCAGCAGGUCGCGGUGGUGUCGGAAACAUCGAGCAUGAUACGAAGCCAGUGGCGGGCCCGCCGCACGAUGCAGAUGUGAUUCCCGAAACUGCCACCCGUGUUGCGAAACUAGAAUCUCAUCACGUCGGACGAGGCGGCGCAGGAAAUGAAGAGCAUGUGCACGAGAAGAAGCACGAAAGCUUUAUCGACAAGAUCAAAGCAUUCUUUGGCUCUUCAUCGGUCAAGAAGUAA